AUGGUCAGUGCCUGUGAUAACUUGCAUUACACAACGCUGACAACCCGACAGUUCCAUCUCCCCGCAGAUCCUGGAUCCUGGUCAUAUCUCGGCCCAGAGGCUGAUGACGAUUUCCAUGACCCGGAUUACCGUGGCACUCGAUCUUCCCGCAUUAAGAACGCAGUCUUCACCCUGAGAGGAAUAGCCAACGUCGGUUGUCUCAUCAUCCUGUUCAUGCUCCUCAUUCUCAUGUUUGCCGGAUACCCCAUCUUGUCCUAUUACCUGACCCCGGUAGAGACCGACGAUGGUGGCUACAACUUGGGCGGCAUCAACUCGACUGGUCAAAUCCCCACGAUUGGUCUGUUCUCCCUCAUAGAUAAAGACACACCAGCGUCCGCGUACACCAUCACCAGUGCUGAUACUGGUGAAACGUUUGAAUUGGUCUUUUCAGACGAGUUCAACGUCGAUGGGAGGACUUUCUACCCUGGUGACGACCCCUAUUGGGAAGCUGUCGAUCUGCAUUACUGGCAAACGAAUAACUUGAAUUGGUACGAUCCUGUCAUGCUCACGACCCAGGGUGGCUCUCUCGUAGUCACGUUGGACAAUAUCGUCUCGCACGAUUUGAACUAUGUCGGGGGAAUGAUGACCAGCUGGAACCAAUUCUGCUUUACUGGAGGAUAUGUCGAGGCGUCUGUCUCUCUACCUGGGAAGUCCUCAGUUUACGGAUUAUGGCCGGCCAUAUGGUCCAUGGGUAAUCUCGGUAGAGCCGGCUACGGUGGCUCCCUCGAUGGGAUCUGGCCUUAUUCUUACGAUUCGUGUGACGUGGGGACACUGCCGAAUCAGACGUUGAACGACCUGCCCGCCAUCUCGACUACAUCUGGUGACCCUGCUUACGGCGGUCCAUUGUCCUUCUUACCGGGUCAACGUCUUUCAAGUUGUACUUGUCCGGACGAUCCGACGCAUCCUGGACCAAAAGACUCGAGUGGAGCAUUUGUCGGACGUGCCGCCCCAGAGAUCGACAUGUUUGAGGCUACGACUGAUCCGACGACACUCAAAGGUCAAGUUUCUCAAUCAGGCCAGUGGGCGCCAUUCAACCCGUAUUAUGAGUUCAUCAACAACUCCAACACGUAUGAGAUUUACUCGCCAGAUAUCACCCAGCUCAACUCGUAUCAAGGUCAUGUGUACCAACAAGCGACCUCAGCUCUCUCAGAAACAGACCAAAAAUGCUACACCGCUGAUACCGGCUGCUUCUCCGUCUAUGGCUUCGAAUAUCUUCCUGGAAACGACGGAUACAUUUCCUGGGUGAAUGAUAACAAGACCGCUUGGAAGAUCAUGGCUUCGGCCAUGGCUCCCAAUGCCGCCGCCAAGGUCGGUCAGAGACCAGUAUCAGAAGAACCAAUGUACUUGAUUAUCAAUUUGGGUAUAUCGGAAAACUUUGGCGCUGUCGACUAUGACGGUCUUGCGAGUUUGUGGCCUGUGACUAUGCUUGUCGACUACAUUCGUGUCUAUCAGGAUCCGAACAACAAGAACAUUGGUUGUGAUCCGCCCAACAUGCCGACUGGAGAUUAUAUCGCAUUAUAUGCUGAAGCUUAUGCUGAUCCCAACAUUGUGAGUUUGAUCUCGGUCAGCCGUAAAAAUUCUAUUUUACUGAUGACUCCCAGACAACCCAAGAUCAAAUUCCGAACUACACUAGACCUAAAAAUCGUCUCAUCGACACUUGUUGAUUCGUUCUAUCUGUGCUGCUCCGCCCAUGUGAGGCUCCAUCUCAGUCUUGACACAUCAUACUCUCAUACUGUAUCAAUAAGUACCCAUCUACAGAAACAUCUUUCUUCAGAUUUACCUCCGCGACGACAUUUACGUCUUAUAGAUCGUGCUCGUAUCUCAUAUAUCGCAUCAUCUUGCAUCAUCAAUGGACAUCACGAGGUCGGAAAUAUGCCCGAGCUAACGAUAAGGAUGACUCCGCUUCUUUGA